AAUAAAGCUUGAUUUGAUUUGAUUUGCUUUAUCAUAUUUAUUGCUGCCUAAUGUAGUUUGGUCUGGAGUUAAUGGUUCUGAACACAUCUAUGAAUGUGAGGCAGUAGCAUAGAUAAAGAAGCAUAUAUGCACCUAAACAAGUCAAGUGUAGAUCACUUCAAGUCUGAAUGCUUUUGGAUUUUAGUAUACUAGCAUUCAGUGUAAACUUUAUGAGUAUGUAUAUGUUAGUAGACGAUUUGAAAAUAAGAAAACACUGAGAAAGUCACCACAGCUUCUCCACACAGUUGUGCCCCUUUUAGCACAUUUUUGAUAUCAUACAUCCUUUUAGCGUACGGACAUGUACAGUGCAGGGCUUUAACUGACGAGUUAAUUAUUUUCUAAAAGAGGAAGAGAAGUGUCACUUCCUCAAACACCGUAUCUCUUAUGUGUCUUAUUUCCUCGUUCACCUCAUAGCGAGUCAGGAUGGAGCGCAUUUCAUUUUUAUGGACUAUUGCUCUGGUAUCUUUAUUUCAAAUUCACGGGUCCAGUUCUGUGACUCAAGUGUUGGUGCAGAGAGGAAAAGAUGUUCUUCUGAACGUCACGGAAACAGUUGUUCUUCAGGAAGAUGAUGAUCUUAUCUGGAGAUUCAAUAAAACGAGCAACUUAGUAAGAUUUAGUCCUGGGGGAAAACCAACAAUCUUUACUAAUUACAAGGGAAGGGCUGAAGUUUUUGAACAAAAUCACUCUGUGCAACUGAAGAACCUACAAGCAGCAGACAGUGGAGUUUAUGAUGCACGAGUGGUAGGGGAUAAAGACCGACCAGUAGCUGAAUACAACGUUACAGUUCAAGAUCCAGUGUCUGAAGUUGAGCUGAAUGUGACUGAAGGUGGAGGUGCCUCUGGGAGCCCAGACUCUUGUAUCGUCAAUGCAACCUGCAGAACAGCGGACUCUGAAAUCAGCAGCACUUUUAGAUGUGUUCAACAAACCUGCUCUCAGGAUGGAGGAGAGAAAUCAAAGGUCACAAACUCUGGUUCUUCUCUUCGUAUUUACCGGUUGAACGCAACAAUCAUCUGCAACCACAGCAACCAGGUCAGCCGGACCAAAGACAUGAGAGAGAUUCAAGAUUUCUGCCCAAGAAAUUCUGGGUCUGAACAAUCUUCCAGCUCUAUUGCAUUGGGCAUCGGAAUCUCUUUUGCCUUCAUAAUUUUGCAGGCAUCAUAGCUUCUGUAGUUGUUUAUCGUCGAAAGAAAAGAAAAUGUAAGUCCAAGUCUGCAAAAAGCGGCAAAAUUGUACUGUUUACUGUUUACACAGGAAUUCGAUGUUCUAUAAAAAGCUCAUCUGCUACAUUUAAUAAUCAUGUUUGUGCUAUUAGGCAAUUCAGUUUAAAUGCUGUGAAAAAUACGAUAUCUUUAAGCUCAUAUGUGCAUAUUUUUUACUGUGGUUAUAAUAUAUCGGUCACAUUUAACUGACAUCAAAGUGGAAUAUAGAAAAAAAAAAAAAUCUGAAUCAAAUCCAGUCUAUGUGCUGCUUUCAGUCCAUUUAUUUCCAGUAUAAAAAAAAGAGGGAAAGGGCUUUCCACAUGCAUUGCUGUUUGCUCGCUCAAGCACAUUUUGUAAAAAAAAAAAAAACUACUUCUAGGAGUCACCAACUUCAGAAGACAUCAGUCCCCAUGUUUCGGGGCGAUAAAGCAUCCUACAAUGUAAGGAUGGAAUUACUUAGACAUACACAAAAUGUAGGCUGGAUGAAGGAAAAGCACAAGUCAUGUAAGAAAUGGUAAACGAAAGCCUGCUAAAAAUUCAUGUCAGAUCAUUUAUUUCUCAGUCUAAAUUUCAGAUAUCAUUAUAGUGUAUGAAUGUCCUCAGGUAAGCAUCUUUUUUUUUUUUUAGCAGUUUGAUUUACAGAAACAGGCAAAGUCAAGAAAUGUUUUCAGAAUCACAAACAGGGGCUUUACAUACAUUUGCUUUGCACAUCAACCACCAAACAAUGACACACUUUAAAUCAUACAUUUUCUGUAUAUGACCAGGACUCCCUGCAAAGCUGCAGGAGUCCCUGUACCUGGUUUGACUUUUUUCUUCUGGCUGCUACAUGCU